AUGAACGUUUGCAGUUCGCGAUACUGCCAAUAUAAUUUGGCUGGCUCCUAAAUGGUUCCAAUACCAAAAUAUAGAGUGUAUUGCCCCUUUUGUAAGCAUGCCUAUUAUUGUUCUCAAAGAUGUCGAGACAUUGAUUGGACAUCUGGACAUAAAAACCAAUGUAUUCCUUAAAACAUGUUAAAUUCAUAGGAAAUUGCCUAUAGUGACAAAGUGUCAACUCUAAGAUAGAUGAAAAGAAGUCCAGAAGAGUUUGAACUCAUUUAUGAUUACCCAUAACUUGGCAAAGGCAGUUUUGGAGCAGUUAGACUAGUGAAGGAUAGAACUAAUGGAUAGUUACAUGCUAUGAAGAUAAUGAAUAAGAAGGACAUUUUUGAGUAUUGUUCAAUUGAAAAUCUCAAGCGAGAGAUUCGAAUACAAAGGAAAUUGAAUCAUCCAAAUAUCACAUAAUUGUUUCACUAUUUUGAAGACAAGGAUAAGGUUUAUCUUAUUUUGGAGUACGCAGAACAUGGAUCCCUAUUCUAAUUGUUGAAAAGAAGAGGAAAAUUAAACGAAAACGAAGCCUUAAAGUUCUUUAAGUAAACAUGUUUAGGAAUUGAUUAUCUACAUCAAUAAAAUAUCAUUCAUAGAGAUCUCAAACCUGAAAAUAUAUUAUUGGAUGUGGCUGACAAUGUCAAGAUUUGUGAUUUUGGAUGGUCAGCUGAAAACUUAGGAUCUAAAAAACGUAGCACCUUCUGUGGAACUAUUGAUUACAUGGCCCCUGAGAUGAUUGAGGAUAGACCUCAUGAUCACACUCUGGAUGUGUGGUGUUUAGGAAUACUAUUGUAUGAAUUGUUGCAUGGGGAUGCUCCAUUCAAAGGUAAAAACGAUAUUGAAAAGUGUAAUAACAUAGUGAAGAUCAACUACUAAAUCAUCGAUAAUAGUUUGAGUCCUGAGGUUAAGGAUCUCAUCACUGGUCUUAUCAAAUAUAAACAAAAAGAUAGAUUAACCAUGAAAUAGAUCUUGAAUCAUAGAUGGCUCAAAAAGAAUGAAUUUGAAUUAGAGAUGUUAUCAGUAUCAUAGAAUAGAACCAGAGUCAACGGAAGCACUAUGCAUUAAGAAAACUAAUAUCUCUCUAAAUCUACAGCUACUUCCUAACAAUCCUUUCUCAGGCAAAACUUAACAUUUUAAACCCAAACUGAAAACUCGGUGCAAGAUUACAAGUAGUAAUAUCGUCGUAGCAGACAUUCUGAAUCCUAGAAAAAGGAGAUACGAUCACAAACAGUUAAAUAAAAAAAUGAAACCUUUAUGCAGAAAUUAUUGGUAGCUUUAGGUUGUGUUAAAAGAGAUUCAUAUGUAGAAACAAACUGUUUAGAUACUUAAAAAUAAUGA